AUGAAUUAUGUAGAAGAUAUUGCGAAUGAGAUAAAUUCUACAGGAAAUGCAGCUAAAAUAGAUAAGACAACAAAUAAUAAUAUAAAAAUUAAUGGGCCUUCCAAAAAACAAAGAAAAAGGCGGAACAAGAAAGCUAAGAAAACAAAUAAAAAUAAUAUUGAGGAAGAUAAGCAAAACAUAGAAAGCGAUGUUGAGAUAAAGGAUGAGGAUUUGGAUUUAAAUGAAGAAAUAAUAGUGGAGGAUAAUAUUGUGUUGGACGAGGAAAAUGAAGUGAAUGAAGAAAACGAUGAUGAUGAUGAUUGGCAAAUGAAUAAAAAAGAUCAAAUGAAAAAGAGAAAGGAUGAGAAGAAAAAAAUCAGAGAAGAAGAAAGAUUGAGGAAAUUAAAAAUAAAAGAGGAUGAAGAUAUUAAAUCAUUACUAGCUUUGAAUAAUAGUAAGAAGAUGGAUUUAAAAAAUUAUUUAAAUAACAAAAAUAUAAAAAUUAAAAACUUUUCGGAUAAUGAAGAAGUUGAAGAUAUGGAAGAUGAAUUGAAAGAAGAAAACAAUAAAAAGCUGAUAGAAGAAGGAAACAAAGAUUUGAAGGAGGAAAAGAAUGAAGAUUUGAAAGAAGAAUUAGAAGAAGAAAGGAUUGCAGAUUUGGAAAAUAAUGAAGAAUUAAAUGAAGCUAACGAGGAUCUACUGAGGACGAAUGAUAAGAAAUUAUUUAAAAAUCCCAAUAAGGAUGAAGAGAAACAUGAUAUAGUAAAUAAAAAAGAGAAAAAUAUUUUGAAAAAUGGGGAAGAAGACGAUAAUAAUGAUCCAUUUACUGAAGGAAUUUCAAAAGGAAAUCAUAAAAACUUCAAAGCAUUUCCAAAAUUUACACCUUUUCAUCCAAGAAUGUUUUUAGAGGAAAAAGCACUAUUCGAAGCGUAUGAAAAAUUUAUUGGAGGUAAAGGAGAUCCAAAAAAAAUAAUUCCAGCGUUGGAAAUUGGAGUGAUUAUUGAUGAAAUUAAACAACGUUUUGUUUACGUUGAAAAAUUUAAACAAAAUAAGAUUGAAAAAGAAGUAAAUAGUGAAGAAUAUAAAAAUUCAUCAAGAAAUUUAUUCGGAAGUUUAGGAGGUAGGGAUUUGAUACUUGACUGUUAUCUGCUCUCAUUUUGUUUUACACUUGACUUCUUUUCGUAA